AUGGCGAUCGGCCGGAUUGAGAAGGACAGCCUGGGGUCGCGAGAGCUCCCGGCCGACGUGCUCUAUGGCAUCAACACCAGCAGAGCACUUGAGAACUUCCCCCUGUCCGGACGCUCGAUUGCAACCUGGACGGACUUUGUCUGGGCAUUUGCCACAAUCAAGCAGGCCGCGGCUCGCGCCAAUGGCGAUAUAGGCAGCCUUACGGCCGAGCAAGCAGAUGCCAUCUUUGAGGCGUGCGAGGAGAUCAAGGUCGGCAAACAUGACGUGCAUCUCGCGGUGGAUAUGCUCGAGGGCUCCGGCGGCACCUCUACCAACAUGAACUUCAACGAGGUGAUUGCCAAUGUGGCCACCAGGAAUUCGGGGAGGGCGCUCUCGGAUUACAGCUUCAUCCACCCCAAUGACCACGUCAAUAUGGGCCAGUCGACCAACGACGUGGUCCCGACGGCGAUGAAGCUCGCUGUCCAUCGCGCCAUGGAGCACACCCUGAGCGCGCUCCGUCAACUGGCUGAUGCCUUUGCGGGGAGGCGUGAGGAAUAUGCGACACUCCUUCGCCUCGGAAGGACCUGUCUUCAGGAUGCCCAGCCCAUGACGUUCGGCCAGGCGCUGGGAGGCUACGAGGCCGUCGUCCGCCGCCACACAGAGCAGCUCGGCACGAUCCGUGACCAGUUCCUGGCAGUGCCACUAGGAGGCACAGCCAUUGGGACCGGGUUUGGCUCGAGGCCGGGAUUCAGAACUGCUGCUUUCAGACAUCUGUCCUCGCUAUACGGCGCCAAAGUCGAGCCCGCCGGCAACGCAUUCGACAGCAUGCAGAACCUCGACACCUGCGCCCGCCUCUCGGCGGAGCUGCGCAACACCGGAAACAGCCUCUGGAAGAUUGCAAACGAUCUGAUCCUCCUAUCAUCUGGCCCCAGUGGCGGAAUUGGCGAGAUCACUCUGCCCUCAGUCCAGGCCGGGUCCUCCAUCAUGCCGGGCAAAGUCAACCCGGUCAUCCCGAUAGCCGUGUGCCAGACGGCGCUGGCCAUCACCGGCAACGACACAGCCAUUGCCCUGGGAUGCCAGCAGGGCAUGCUCGAGAUCAACCACUACGAGCUGCUCGUCUGCGAUCGGCUCCUUGACAGCGUCCGCCUGCUCACGGGGUCCACAGAGGUCUUCAGCAGCAAGUGUGUCGACGGACUGGUCGCGAAUAAAGAGGUCUCUUACCAGCACCUCGUUGCUUCGAGCGCGUUAGCUACCGCCCUGGUGCCGGCUUUGGGCUAUGCUCAGGUCGCUUCCAUCGUGCGUGCAGCUCUAGCGGAGCAACGGCCUUUCCUGGACGUGGCGGUAGAGAAGGGUUUCCUCAAAGGGGAUGAGCUGGUAUCAAUUCUCGAGAAAUCCACCAACAAAGACAAUGCAUUAGCAUAG